AAUAGUACAAACACCUUAUCAAAAUCUUUCGUUUUCAAGUGAUUGCAAUCUUUUGUCAAGUUUUGUGCGAAAAAAAAUCGAUACUGACGGUGAGUCCAAGGUGCGCCUCAACAACCAGACUCAGCCUCUCAGGAUGUGGGUUCGCUUCAAGCCGUCUCUCUGGACUCUGUAGUAACGCAGAUGACGGCAUAACUAAUCUGACGGAUGUGAUGAUCCGCUUCAGUCUUGCAGCCAUGAUGCAAUGCGCCAAAAAGUUCGUUUGAUUCGUGGAAUAUAUAGGCUAAUAUAGCCCUAAUUUUCGUCAGACCAAGUCCGACAUCUUGUUCUUGCUGGCCACAGUUGCGCUUGUCAGUUUUGAGUUUUUUACGAAGUACUUUACUUUUAAUCCAGAAAUUUAAAUCCGUGAACCUUUCGCGAAUUAAUUUUACGCAUUUACUGUCCACAGUUGUUAUACAGUAUAUACUAUAUAGCAUUAAACAGUCCUUGCGCCUUACUCGCUCCUGUUUUCUCGAAUCCGAUUGUCGAAACUCAAAAGACAGAUUCGUGAAAGUUCGAAAAUGGAUCAGAAGGUCACACUGGAAAGCAAGGAUGAGAACACUAUCGAAGUGGAGCUCAAUGCCGUCAAACAUUCCAAGCUCAUCAAGGAGAUGUUGAUUAACUUAGGACAGUGGCCGAACGCCGAUGGUACGCCGAGUAAGCCCAUUAAAGACGGCGAUGAAGCGAUUCCCCUGGCUGAAGUGAAGUUCGCCGUGCUGGAGAAGAUCGUCGAGUGGCUGAACCAGUACAAGGACCAGCCGGAACUGGCCGAGGACGAAGAAUCCGUUAUUCUGCGCAAACUGGACGACGUGGCUGAUUGGGAUAAAGAAUGGCUGGGAAAGAUGCGUCGCGGUCAGAUUUACGAGCUGGUAAUGGGUGCCAACUACAUGAACAUUCGCGGUCUGGUGGAAGCCUGCUGCAAGACCAUCGCGUCCUGGCUGAAGAACAAGACUCCGGAGCAGAUCCGUGCGGAAUUCGGCAUCAAGAACGAUUUUACGCCGGAGGAGGAGGAAAAGAUUCGCCGUGAGACGGAAUGGUGUGAGCCGGAUCGCGAUCUGGUUUGAGGAAAUGAAUCUCAGCCAGGAAUAUUCCUUUCGUGUUUUUAUGAUGUCAUCCAUGGUACUGUUAUGGUAUACCUGGGUUUUUCUCUUUUCAGUUUUUUUACGUGAUGAGAAUAAAGUUGUUUUGUUAGAGGCCGUGUGGUUAAGGUGUUGAUCUGUAUAUUGGAAAUGUUUUGGCAUGGUAGUCUUCUGUUUUCAGGUGUCAUGUGCUUUUUUUCGUUGAGCAUGAUGCAUCCGUUUAUCAUCUCUUUGAUCUUUAAUUUUCUCGAACUCAUUCGAAUCAGUUUAGCAGCACAGUUUGCGAGUACAGUAGUAAUUAAACUCUUCAGAUGUGA